AUGGCAUCAAUAGCUGUUGAAUCAUUCAAAUUAGCUACCAAUGAGUGUAAUAUUUACGGUGGUUUCUUUGUAUUUUCAAUUGGUAUCAUUGGUAGUAUAUUGAAUAUAAUUAUAUUUUCAUCACUAAAAGCUUUUCGAGAAACUUCAACCGCUUUCUAUAUGACCGUGACAUCAGCUGUGAAUAUAUUUCAACUUGUUUUCGGAUUAUUAACUCGUAUACUUAUAAAUGGCUAUAAUAUUGAUCCAACUAAAACUUUAUCGUCUAUGUGUAAAGCCCCACAAUUUAUAUAG